CUUCAAUGUCCCUCAUUCAACCUACUGGCCGCAAAGGACCAAGAUUCGGCAAAGGAGGAGGCAGAAGGAAUAACAACAAUCAAAUCUACGCUUGCGCUCUUCCCGUCGCUCUAAACAGUCCCCGAUCUGACUCAUUCUCGCGAUCUCUCCUCGGCCUUGUGGGUCUCCGACUUACCACUCUCGAGACUCCGCUAUGUCGUGGGGUCUUCGAUGAGGCAACGCGCUCAGUCUGGGUUUUGGAGAAGGAAUACACCAUGCUGCUGUGGAGACGAGGAUUCUUUGGCAAGGGAGACUUGUCACGGAGUGAACCAAGUUGGCUUUCUCGCCAGGUCAACAACAGACGUACUGGAAAUCGUUUGACUGCCGAGGAAGUCACUGCAAAACGAAGGGCAGAGCGAAAGCAGUUCAAGAUUGACCGCGCUCGGGCUAUCGCGCAAGUUGCCGCCGAAGCGGAGGAGAUUUUCAAGACAGAAGGUCGGGUAGUCGUACCGACUCUUUCGGGGCCCUCUAUUCCUUCCGGUGCGACCUGGAAACCAGCCAGCAUGUCGACAGAGUCACCAGAGCUUGUGCCUCCUCCUGUUGAGGAUAGCCCAGCUGCGAAAGAGGAAGAAGCAGAAGAAGAACCGUUGGAAGAUCUGGAGCAUCUCCAGCUGACUCUACCUGAAGCCUUCUUUCUGAUGUGGAAUUUCGAUUGUCUUGCUAUUGAAGACCCCAAUUCAGUGCGGGUGUUUCUCCGUGUGCUUUUGGAUCCUAAAGUUUUGCUAGCAUGAACAAAUGUCCAUACAUCAGGUUUGGACAGCCUUUCAAGAGGCGAAUUUGAUGCCUCUAAUAUUGACAGCGCCCCGCCCGCCAGUGGAUCUUCAAUUCGAUAAUCCAUUCCUGAUAAACUACAUCGUGUAUCACCAUUACCGAUCUCUGGGUUGGGUCGUUCGGGGUGGUAUCAAGUUCUGUGUGGACUAUAUGCUUUAUAAGCGCGGUCCAGUCUUCAAUCAUGCCGAAUUCUCCGUCGUCGUUUGCCCUGUGUACGAGGACCCUACGGACCGCGACGCCUCAGUCGUAGAUCUGCACCACUCAACACCCUUUUCCUGGUCUUGGCUCGGCACGAUCAAUCGCGUGAACACUCAAGUGUUCAAGACCCUCAUACUUGCAUAUGUCACAAUCCCAGCUCGUUCUCGCGUUUCCCCGGAAUCGCUCAACUCUCCGGCUUGUUUGCAAUAUUACUCGGUCCGCGAAGUGAUCGUCCGCCGAUUCAUUCCUGCGCGAAUGCGAGAUUAAAUGGUAUUGUUGGUUCAUAACUAUGAUACAUCGCGCAGUCCGUAGAAUAGAUUGGAGAGAGAAGGACGUCGGCGAGAGAAACAGAGCGGACCAUUGGAUCAUAUUGCACCUUUGAUUCCGACUUUGCGGUACUUUGUUUCGUAGACCUGGCUUAACUGGGCACCGGCCAGCCGGCAAUCCAGCGUCUUCUGGGAGUCGGGACUUGUCUGAUCAGUGAAGCAUGCAGCAGAGUGUUCGACCAAAAAUUCGCGCGCUUGGUCAAUGCCAUCGAAUGCCAACUCUUGCUGAAUGAAAACAAGAGAGAUUGUGCGAUAGCUGUCGAUAAGUGGCUGAACGACGCGUCAACGGAAAAAGGCAUUACAACGCACGCUUUGGUAAUCACAAGCAGGGC